CCUCAUUCCGAGUGUCAGUUGGGGGAAGUUAAUUUUAUUUCAAUUAAACAAGUCCCGAUCAGCAAAAGUCCCUCAACAAUUCCAUCAAAAUCUUACAUUCCAUGUGAAAAGUGCAAAUUUCUGUUAACAAUAAUCGAAUCACGAAUUAUUCAAGCGAUUCUCGGUGAACUCAUAGUAUUUUUCAAGUUUAAAUUGUAAAAGGGAAGAGAAACCACGAAGAAUGGCGACGAAAGAGGAACCUCGUCACUACAAUCCCUUCCUCAAGGCUCCAGUUGAUCCUGGCGAUGAGAUUGUAAUAUCUGGAAUGUCUGGGAGAUUUCCAGAGUCUGAUAAUAUGAAAUUAUUCACUGAGAAUCUCAUGAAUAAAGUCGAUCUAGUAACUGACGACGGCCGUCGUUGGAAAUUAGAUCAUCCAGAAAUUCCCCAGAGAACUGGAAAAAUAAAUAAUGUCUCGAAAUUUGAUGCCUUGUUUUUUGGAGUGCAUUUUAAACAAGCGCAUACUAUGGAUCCCAUGUGUAGAAUGUUGUUGGAACAUACUUAUGAAGCUAUUAUUGAUGCUGGUGUAAAUCCGAGGCAGUUGAGGGGAACCAGAACAGGAGUUUUCAUCGGUGCUUGUUUCUCUGAGUCUGAGAAGACAUGGUUCUAUGAAAAACUCCAGGUCAAUGGUUUUGGAAUCACUGGAUGUAGCAGAGCCAUGUUAGCAAAUCGAGUGUCCUACUGGUUAGGGAUAACAGGUCCAAGUUAUACUAUCGAUUCGGCCUGUAGUUCAAGUCUCUUCGCCAUGGAGCACGCAUACAGAGCUAUUAGAAAUGGCCAGUGUGAUGCUGCCAUAGUUGGUGGUGCUAAUCUUUGCUUGCAUCCUUAUGUAUCUUUGCAGUUCUCUCGUUUAGGUGUUCUAGCUCCUGACGGCCGCUGCAAAUCAUUUGACGCUGAUGCAAAUGGUUACACAAGAAGUGAAACCGUUGGUGUUGCAUUCCUCCAGAAAUCCAAGGACGCAAAACGUAUCUAUGCAACUGUCAUCCACGGAAAAACCAACUGUGAUGGAUUCAAAGAGCAGGGAAUUACGUUUCCAUCGAGUGUAAUGCAGAGUGCUCUUCUCAAAGAGUUCUAUGAAGAAUGCAAAGUUUCUCCAUUAUCUUUAUCCUACAUUGAGGCUCAUGGAACUGGAACGAAAGUGGGAGAUCCUGAGGAGGUGAAUGCCAUUGAAUCUGUCUUCUGUCAGGGGCGAAAGGAAUCCCUGAUGAUUGGCUCAGUGAAAUCAAAUCUUGGCCAUGCAGAGCCAGCCAGUGGAAUGGCGCAAAUAGCAAAAGUAGUGAUUGCUAAUGAAACUGGUGUACUUCCACCGAAUCUCCAUUACAAUCGGCCAAGGGAGGGUGUCAAAGCUCUUGAGGAAGGAAGAAUAGUUGUUGUGUCUGAACCAACGCCGUGGAAAGGCGGAUACGUUGGAGUCAGUUCGUUUGGCUUUGGUGGUGCUAAUGCCCAUAUUCUUCUCAAGUCAAAUCCAAAGGAGAAGAUCAAUGGUGGAGCACCUCAGGAUGAUCUCCCUAGGCUUGUUGUUGCUUCUGGAAGAACUGAGGAGGCGGUCGAUGCUAUUCUCAAAGAUGUGGAGAGCCGCCCAGUUGAUGUAGAAUUCGUCCGACUGCUCCAAGAGAUUUACACAGAGGACAUCUCAGGUCACUUAUAUCGAGGCUACACAGUCCUGGGUGCAGUGAAUUCCAAUAAAAAGCCACGAGAUAUUGAGCAUUAUCCAGGUGCAAAGCGGCCAAUCUGGUUUGUCUUCUCGGGAAUGGGUUCACAGUGGCCCACCAUGGGUGCAUCUCUCCUACGCUUUCCAGUUUUUGCCAAUGCUAUAAAAAAAUGUGACGCAGUUUUGAAACCACGUGGAAUCGAUAUUUACAAUAUCCUCGUGAACCCCGACAAAUUAAUUUUCGAGAAUAUUGUGAAUUCCUUCGUUGGAAUAGCUGCAGUGCAGAUUGGUUUGGUCGAUUUGCUAACAUCUUUGGGAAUAGUUCCUGAUGGGAUAAUUGGGCACUCUGUGGGAGAGCUGGGAUGUGCCUAUGCAGAUGGUUGUUUUACGGCUGAGCAGAUGGUCCUGGCAGCACAUGCUCGAGGUUUAGCUUCAAUUGAAGUUGACACAAUCAAAGGUUCAAUGGCAGCUGUGGGCCUUGGUUAUGAAGACGUCAAGGAUCUCUGCCCACCAGACAUCGAAGUUGCAUGUCACAAUGGACCUGAGAGCAGCACCAUAAGUGGACCAGCGGCUUCAAUGAAAGAAUUCGUUGCUAAACUCACAGAGAAUAAGAUUUUCGCUCGUGAAGUUGCGUGCAGCAACAUUGCUUACCACAGCCGUUAUAUCGCCAAAGCUGGACCAAAACUCCUUGCCUACCUGAAGGAAGUCGUACCGGUUCCUAAACCCCGGAGUUCCAAGUGGCUCAGCACAUCUGUACCUCGAUCCAAGUGGAAUUCUCCUGAGGCUAAAAUCUCAUCUCCUGAAUAUCACACGAACAAUCUUCUUUCUUCUGUUCUUUUCGAAGAGACAUCUGCACUGAUUCCUAAAGAUGCUGUUACCAUUGAAAUCGCACCUCAUGGCCUUCUUCAGGCUAUUCUGAAGAGAUCACUCAAUCCUGAGGUGAGCAAUAUUGCUCUCACCCAACGUGGACACAAGGACAAUGUCGAAGUCUUUCUUCAGGCUAUUGGAAAGCUCUAUGAUGUUGGAUUGCAACCGAUAAUCAGUAAUUUGUAUCCUGAAGUCGAAUUCCCGGUGUCGAGGGGAACUCCCAUGAUUUCACCACUUGUCAGGUGGGAGCAUUCGGAUGAUUGGUAUGUCACUUCGUACAGAAUGCAGGAGAAAAUCACCUCUGGGGAGAGAGUUAUGGAGUUAACACUUGCUGAUGAAGACUAUGAGUACAUGGGGGGACAUGUUAUCGAUGGAAGGAAUUUACUGCCUGCUACGGGGUAUCUUGCACUCAUUUGGGAGACGGUAGGGAUGAUGAGGGGAGAGAUGUACACUGAAGUUCCGGUUGUCUUUGAGGAUGUCAAGUUCCUCAGAGCUACUACUGUCUCUAAGGAACCCUUGGAGAUUACUUUGAUGGUUCAGAAGGGAACUGGACGAUUCGAAGUCGUGGAGGGUGGAGUAGCAGUUGUCACUGGAUUCGUUCGCCAUGUCCAGAACCCCAAACAGGAACAAAUAAUUUUUCCUCAUUCAAGUGAGGAUGAGCCAGAGGAGAUGGACACGAAAGACGUGUACAAAGAGCUAAGACUUCGAGGAUAUCAAUAUUCUGGAUUGUUCAAGGGUAUCAAGAGUGCCACUACCGAUGGAUCCAAGGGAACACUCAAUUGGUCAAAUAAUUGGGUGACAUUCAUGGACACCAUGCUGCAAAUGGAAAUUUUAGGAAUGGAUACGCGUAAUCUCUCGGUACCUGUUGCCAUUCAGAAAUUGACCAUUGAUACCAAAACGCAUCUUCAACAAAUUCGUGAUAUGCCAGAUGAAGAAAAAGAAUUCAAGGUUUACACGAGCUCAGAGCACAACGUAGUUCAUUCCGGUGGAGUCCAAAUUCGGGGUCUAAAAGCAACUGUAAUUUCUCGUCGAAAACCCGCUGGUGAGCCAGUCCUAGAGACGUACAAUUUCGUGGCUCACCGAGACUGGGCGGCGAUUUCCCUGAAAGAGGCAAUCCGCCUUGCUACGCACCUCGCUCUGGAGAAUCAUCUGGCAAUCAAAGUGAAAACUCUAGAAUUUCUUGAAGCAGGUGAAAAAUAUAUUCCCGAAGACCUCCUUUCCCCUCUCCUCGGUGAAACCUUGGCAGAUCUCCCGAUGAUCCAGGCGGACGUCAACAUCGUCGCCCCUGAGAAUCCCUUCGAAGAAGAGGAACUUCCACAGACCAUCAACGUCAUAGAACCAAAGAAAUUAACUUCAGAUACCAACGCCAUAAUUCUAGCUGGUCGAAAUCUCUUAGCUCCUCAGAAAAGUUCUAUUCUUGGGGAUCUCCUCUCAUCCCUGAAGGACGGUGCCUUUGUCAUGACUUUGGAAUCCUCGUCCCCAGAGGAUAUCAAUUUAUCCCUGAAGAAACACGAACUCAACAUCAUUUUGGAGAAACUCGUUGGCAAUACGAAAUUCUUCCUCCUUAGGAAGAUAGAACCAAUACCUAAAAAUACUAUUAUAAUUCAGGUAAACAACGAAGAAUUUAGUUGGGUAAAUAGUUUAAAAGCAGCUCUAAAAGCGGAGAUAGAACACGAAACCUCGGGCUCCUCUCGGGUUUUCCUAAUAAGCGAUGGAAGUUUCGAAAAUGGUCUCCUUGGCCUAGUAAAUUGUCUCCGAAAGGAACCAGGAGGUGAAAUUAUCCGAGCAAUUCUUCUCCAGGACCCCAAGUCCCCGGAAUUCUCCACCCUGAAUCCCCUGUACUCUGACCACCUGAAACUUGACCUUGUGAUAAACGUUCUGCGAUCAAAGAACACCUGGGGAUCUUACAGACACCACCAGCUGCUGUCAAACCAGCCUCGACCAGUGCAUCACGCCUGGGCAAAUCAACUCGUUAAAGGUGACCUCAGCUCUUUUGCAUGGAUGGAAGGCUCCAUUACUCCUGAGUGCAAAAAUCCAGAGCUCGUGAGUGUUGUCUACUCAUCCCUGAAUUUCAGAGACGUCAUGAUGGCUACAGGCAAAUUGUCCAGCGAACUCGCCAGUAAAACUCGAGGAGCGUCUGAUUGUGUCCUUGGAUUUGAGUUCGCCGGGAUCACUCGAGAUGGUCGAAGGGUUAUGGGUCUCCUGAACACCCAUCGAGCAAUAACGAAUUAUCUAGUCAACGAUCCAACUCUCACAUGGGAAAUUCCUGAUGCCUGGUCGCUGGAAGAGGCAGCAACAAUUCCCUGCGUUUACGCCACCUGUUACUAUGCUUUUUACACCACUGGAGGCAUUAAAAAAGGAAUGAAGAUAUUGAUUCAUGCUGGAUCUGGUGGUGUUGGACAAGCGGCGAUCACUCUUGCCCUUUGGGUGGGCUGUGAGGUCUUCACAACUGUUGGAACUCCACAGAAACGAGAAUUUAUUAGGAAAACUUUUCCACAAAUACCAGAAGAUCAUAUUGGAAAUUCCAGGGAUACUAGCUUCGAGCAGAUGGUGAUGGAGCAGACUGAUGGCCAAGGGGUGGAUAUUGUCCUGAAUUCAUUGGCAGAUGAUAAGCUCCAGGCAUCAGUUAGGUGUUUGGCUGAUGGGGGCAGGUUCUUGGAGAUUGGCAAGUUCGAUAUGGUUAAUGAUAGUCCUCUGGGGAUGGCUAUCUUUCUCAAAGAGAUCAGUUUUCAUGGGGUUCUACUCGAUAGGCUGUUUAAUGCUCCUCCUGAAAAAAAAAUGGAGGUCAAUAAAAUGAUGCAGGCUGGACUUGAUGUUGGCGCAAUUAAGCCACUGAAUAUGACUAUCUUUGAAAGGGAUCAGAUCGAAGCAGCUUUCAGGUACAUGGCUGCUGGAAAACAUAUCGGAAAGGUACUAAUCAAAAUUCAGAACGAAAACAAGUUGAAUCUUCCUAUCUCAGCCCGCCCAGUGUAUCAGUGCAUCAAAGACCGUUCCUAUCUCAUCCUCGGAGGACUUGGUGGCUUUGGCGUCGAAUUGGCUGAUUGGCUAAUCCUUCGAGGUGCUAAAAAUCUCAUCCUGACAUCUCGCACAGGAGUCAAUAACGGUUACCAACGAAUGAGAAUAAAGCUCUGGCGGAGUUAUGGUGCCAAGAUCACGAUAAUCUCUGGGAAAAAUGCAGCGAACCCGAAGGACUGCGAGGAGAUUCUCACAGUGGCAUCGAAACAAGCUCCAUUGGAUGCAAUUUACAAUCUCGCAGCUGUCCUCAAAGACGGCGUCUGGGAAAAUCAAACACCAGAGGCAUUCGAAGAGUGUUUCGAAGCUAAAGCUUGGAGUACCAGGAAUCUUGAUAAACUAUCCAGAAAAUUAUGUCCACAACUCCGUCAUUUCGUUGUUUUCUCGUCAGUUGCCUGUGGACGUGGGAAUGCAGGACAAAUGAGCUAUGCAAUGGCCAACUCAGUUAUGGAGAGAAUUUGUGAGAGACGAGCUGCUGAGGGUCUUCCAGCGCUGGCAAUUCAGUGGGGAGCUGUUGGAGACGUUGGUCUCGUGGCAAGGAUGCAGGAAAGUGACAAAGAGCUCGUGAUCGGAGGUACUCUCCAGCAGAGGAUAACAUCCUGUCUUCACGAACUCGAUGGCUUCCUCAAUCAGACCUCUCCAAUCGUUGGCAGCAUGGUGGUCGCUGAGAAGAGAGCUGGUGGCUCUGGUUCUCUCAAUAUUGUCGAUACUGUACUCAAUAUUAUGGGUCUCAAAGACCUGAAGUCAGUGGGUGUCCAUACGUCACUUGCUGAGCUCGGUAUGGACUCUAUGAUGGCUGUAGAAAUCAGACAGACAUUGGAGCGCGAGUUCGAGAUAUUCUUGACAGCUCAGGAUAUUCGUGGAUUGAAUUUUGCAAAGUUGAUUGAAAUGAACUCAAAGGAUCUAGCAUUGAAAAAGAAAACUACGAAAGUAAUUGCGGGUGAUGUGCCCACAGGGAUGAAAUUACUCCUCAGAUUGUUAGGGGAAGAUCAAUCAAUGAAGGAAGUAUGCAUGAAACUCUCGACGAAGGACGACACUGGAAGGCAGGAGGUGUUCUUGAUUCCAGGUAUUGAGGGAUGUGGUGUUGUCUUCUCGAAUCUUGCUCAUAGGAUCAGGGCACCUGCUAGCUGCUUGCAGUUGAAUAAUAUGGACACGCAGUACCGAUCUAUCCCGGAAAUGGCUGAUCAAUUGUUACCUUACAUCCUGAAGAGGAAUCAAGGAAGGAGAAAUUUCGUUCUUGUUGGAUACUCGUACGGAUCACUUGUUGCUAUUGAAUUGGCGAGGAGAUUAGAAGCUGAGGCUUACAGUGGAAAACUUAUCCUCAUCGAUGGUGCUCCACUCUUCAUGAAAGCCAUCAAGGACACACAAUUAGCAUCGGAAAAUAAUGAGGAAUUACAGACAAAUAUUCUUGUUGGUAUCGCCGAUAUUGCUACACCCGAAGACAGUGGAGAGCUGAUGAUAGAACUCAAGAAAUGUAAUUCUUGGGAGAAAAAAUUGGAUGUCUUCAUGGCACGUGUAUCGGCUGAGGCUUUGGGAAUUUCUGUCGAACAACGAAGAAAUAUUUGCACUUGUAUUUAUAACCGUUUAGUAGCACUGGGUAAUUACAAUAUUUCUAGUAUUCCAGCUCUCAGGACUCCCAUCACUCUUCUGAAACCAAGUAUUGAAACUCUGAAGAAUUUACCACCAGAUUAUGAUCUAGGCAAGAUAACGAAGGAAAAAGUGGAGUGUCACACUCUUGAUGGAAAUCAUGUUACUAUACUCGAUAAUGAAAAAGUAACAUCUGCGAUUAAUGGAGAGCCUCUCGAAGAUGCAGCAGCAUUCAAAGCCAGCAUUAUGGAAGACGGAAAGAUCCUCACACCAAUUUAUGACUCCAAUCCUGGAACAUCAAUUAGUUAGAGAAAAAAAAUCACCAUUCACUCGAGCCAUUGCAAUGUCACGACAAACUUCCUACUUCCCUGUCCCCAGGAUAUUUAUUUCUUUCAGGACAGUUUAUUUCGUAGUUCGCGUAAUAUCUAUCUUAAUCACUCAUACCUUUCAUAAAUUAGUAAGUUGGAAAUUAGAAUAAGUAUCAAUGAUUUAUUUUUUCCUUUGAAUUUCUUUCUAAAUAAAAAUAAAGGAAUAAAUAUCAAGAAUAUUUCAAUGUUUGUAUCUUUGAAUUGAUACGCAAUUUGUGGUGUUCUGUAUCAUUUAUGUAAUUUUCAAAUUGUUUCGAUGAAAAAAAUUGAGUAUUGGUUGUAGAACCGAUUCGAUGAUCAACAGAAUAUGAAAAAUAAUUUCAUGAAAUGAAGCUGAUUGAUAUAUUUCUAGUUUGUCAGAUCAUUGAACGUUUUUAAUACUUAGGAUUGGUUAUAUCCAUCUCUAGGGAGUGAACGACCAUUGAUGGCUGUGCAAAUUAGUGGAAGAAAGGAAUAAGUUUGACUGAUAAGAUUGUAGAAAUUUUAUUGUAAAAUUUCUAUCAUCAAAUAAAAUUUACUGAGACUUCUAUAAAUUCUGGAGAGAAAAAAAUCGAAGGGAUGGGGAUAAACAAACAAAAUUAAUUCACGAAUUAUCAGUAAAUUUUUGUUGAUUAUUCUUUUUAGUUUUGAUUGCUUCCACUUUUGGGCCAAUCCGAUAUUUUCAUAAUAAAUAGAGAAAUGUAAAUUGAAUUAUAAUAUGUUCUUAUCAAAAAUUGUAACUGACCGGAAACUUUCUACAGAUUAUUUCCGCUUGUGAUUAUCAACAAAUAUAAAUCCAUUAUUUAAUGUUUGACAGCAGA